AGGAAAAAAAGAAAAGGAGCUGACAUUUCGCUGGUGUGAAGCGAUCGAGGAGGAAUCGUCCCGAAUCUGCUGGUUAUGGAUUUCUUGAAGGACGUCGCGGGUUUCGCAGGCCCUCGCAUGUUAUAAGAGGCAAGACGCGUGUUUCGGGACACCUGAAUUAUCUCCAAGAGGAACCGUCCGUUCUUUUUUUUUUUUUUUUUUUAUCUUUUGGCAGGCGGCUCUGUCAGGAUGCUCUCAGCCCUCCCGGGAGGAAAUGCGCUCAAACCCACCUUCCUUUGACUUGAUGUUUCAUCUGCAAGGUGUUUUUGGCCUGACUUGAAAGCCAAAUGGAGUCUCUCCUGGUGUACCUGAUUGUCCUCGGUGUGGCUGUGAAGGCACACAAAGUUCAGAUCUGCCCCAAACGCUGCGUCUGCCAGGUGCUUAAUCCCAAUCUGGCUACUUUGUGCGACAAAAAGGGGCUUCUGUUCGUGCCGCCGAACAUCGACCGGCACACGGUGGAGAUGCGCCUCGGGGAUAACUUCGUCACCAGCAUCAAGCGCAAAGACUUUGCCAACAUGACCAAGCUGGUGGACCUGACCCUUUCUCGCAACACCAUCGGCUCCAUCGCGCCCCACGCCUUCAAGGACCUGGAGAACCUCCGAGCCCUUCACCUCGACAGCAACCGGCUGACCCGCAUCACCAACGACACCUUCAGCGGCAUGUCCAAGCUGCACCACCUCAUCCUCAACAACAACCAGCUCACGCACAUCCAGAUCGGGGCCUUCAAUGACCUGACGGCGCUGGAGGAGCUGGACCUAUCCUACAACAACUUGGAGGGCGCCCCGUGGGUGGCUAUUCAGAGGAUGUCGAACCUCCACACGCUCAAUUUGGACCACAACAUGCUCAGUUACAUCCCGGAGGGGACUUUCUCUGGGUUGCAGAAGCUAAAGAGACUGGACGUUACCUCCAAUAAACUCCAGAAGCUUCCUCCGGACCCUAUUUUCCAAAGGGCGGGGGUCCUGGCCACGUCUGGGAUAAUGGGGCCGUCGUCAUUCGCUCUGAGCUUCGGAGGGAACCCGCUGAGGUGUAACUGCGAGCUGCUUUGGCUGCGGAGGUUGCGUAGAGAGGAUGAUCUGGAGACCUGUGCCUCGCCGCAACACCUCGCUGGGCGAUAUUUUUGGACUGUCUCAGAAGAAGAGUUCCUGUGCGAGCCGCCUCUCAUCACCAGGCACUCUCAGGAGCUUCGGGCUUUGGAGGGUCAGAGCGUGUCCCUGCGCUGUAAGGCCCGGGGCGACCCCGACCCCGUCAUCCACUGGAUCGCGCCCGACGGACGCCUGAUGUCCAACUCCUCCAGAGCCGCGGUCCACACAGACGGAACGCUGGACAUCCUCAUCAGCACCGUCAAGGACUCCGGUUCAUUCACCUGCGUCGCCUCCAACCCAGCCGGAGAAGCGCAGCAGACCGUGGAUCUGGUCAUCGCUAAGCUCCCUCAUAUCAUCAACAACACAAUUGCGGAGCAGGAGCCCGACCCCGGGUCAUCAGAUAUCGCCACGGUGACCAAGACGGGGCUGGAGGCGGGGGGAGUGCCUCUGGGGAACGCCAAGACCAGCCAGGAGAAGAAAGUCGUCAUUGCUGAGGCCACCUCCACCUCGGCCCUCGUCAAGUUUAACUUCCACCGGAGCAUUCCCGGCAUCCGCAUGUUCCAGAUCCAGUAUAACGGGACGUAUGAUGAUUCACUGGUGUACAGGAUGAUCCCUCCCACCAGUAAGAAUAUCCUGGUGAACAACCUGGCGGCCGGCACGCACUACGACUUGUGCGUGCUGGCCAUCUACGACGACCAGGUGACCUCGCUGACCGCCACCAGGGUGAUCGGCUGCGUCCACUUCACCACGGAGCCGCAGUACCUCAGAUGCCAUUUCAUGCAGUCCCAGUUUCUCGGCGGCACCAUUGUGGUUAUCAUCGGAGGGAUUAUCGUGGCCUCCGUGCUUGCUUUUAUCAUUUUUCUCAUUGUGCGCUACCGGGUGUGUAACCAAGGAGAUGCUGAUAAGGCGCUGGAGAUGGGGGAUAUUCGCUCGCUGAGCAGUGAUGGACAGCUACAAGGAUGUGGGAUUCCCAAGUCCCUCUCCAAGCAGGUUUUGCGUCCAGAGAAGAAUGACAAGGACUGCCUCCGAGUCACCCUGCCGCCCCCGGAACCCGCCAAGCACCGGCCUCCCGUCGUGGUCGCCGCCACAAAACCCUCUGUUCCCGAUUGCACCGUCUCCACUUCUGCCGGCAGCCACAGCUGGCACCCGGCCUCCCCGGGCGCCCCGAGGCCAAAACGCUCCGGCGCCCCACCGAAACCCUCGGAGGCCCGCCGGGCCGAGGCGCAAGCGGACGUUGCGCUGGAUAACAUGAACCGGAAUAACUCCUCGGAGGUUAAAAUGGCCACCGCCGUCGGUCUCGCCAUGCCCGGCCAGCCCGCCACAUGGACCGCGGCCCCCAGGGGUGGAACGCGGCCGCACCAGGCCUCCCGACAGUACAUGACCGUGCCUGCAGGGGGAGCCAGGGUGAACCGCAGGCACUCCCUGAACGCGGACUCGUACCGGGAGCGCUGCUACAUGGCCUACCCCAAAGCCGGGGCCAGUCUGCGCUCCAAACGCAGCCUGUCGAUGAGCGGGGAGCUUCCGCAGAUCGACGGCACGUCAAACAUUCCCCGGGCCAGGGACAAGCCUUCCAGGUCCGAGUGGCUUUUGGAGAGCACUUUAUGAUCGGAAGUUUGAGACCUCUUGUUUACCUGGGAUGGAUUUGCGGCCGUCGUGGAGCAGACAGGGAUCUCACGCCUUGCUUGGAGCUUUUGAGCUCUUUAUUGAGGGACCUGCGGUAUUCUCCCAUGUACCCGGGGAGAGGCAGGCACACAGGGUAGUGGGAAUAGUUUCACAUUUGUUUUCUACCUUAUAACCAAUCAAAGUCUUCUUUAUAACAACGUUUGAACAAAAUUUGACGAAAGGCACAACAAUGUAUAAAAA